CAUGACCAAAACCGUAAAAGGUUCUUGAAUUCAAGUCGAGAAUUGCAGAACUUGGUUGUCAUCACAGAUACCACUUCAAUGUUGUGAGCCUGUGACAUUGUGAUCGAGGCAGUAUGAGUGUGAUUCUCUGCACAGCGGGUUACGACCAUACCAUUCGGUAAUCACCUCUGUUUUGAUGCGAUUAGUAUCAGCCUUGUACUUACGUCUCCUCCUGCCUAGAUUCUGGGAGGCCCUCUCUGGCAUCUGCUCCCGCACCAUCCAACACCCCGAAUCACAAGUCAACCGACUAUGUAUUACUCCCGACAAGAAGUAUCUUGCAGCUGCAGGGCGGCAUAUGGUUCGGCUUUAUGAUAUCAAAUCCAGCAAUCCCAAUCCGAUUCAACAAUUCGAAGGACACACCAACAAUGUCACAGGUGUGGCAUUUCAUUGUGAGGGGAAAUGGAUGGUUACCAGUUCUGAAGACAUGACUGUUCGAGUGUGGGACACAAGGUCAGGAUUGGUACAAAGGAACUACCAGCAUACCCAUCCGGUCAAUGAUGUGGUCAUCCACCCAAAUCAAGGCGAACUAGUCAGUGCCGAUCGUGGCGGCAACAUUCGCAUCUGGGACCUCGGUGAGAGCAAAUGCACUCAUCAACUCAUUCCGGACGAGGACGUGUCGGUUUCGAGCGUCAGUGUUGCCAGUGAUGGCUCGUUGUUGGCCGCAGGAAACAACAAGGGCGACGUGUACAUCUGGCGCAUGUAUCAGAACCACGACUCCACCACCCUCCUCCCAUGCCGUGUAUUCAAAGCUCAUAAAGACUACCUCACCCGUCUGCUGUUAUCUCCCGACAUCAAACUCCUCGCCACCUGUUCUGCCGACCAUACCGUACGGGUUUGGAAGAUUGACAUGACAGAAGAAAACCUGGAAGCGGUGACCGACCAACCUUCUACAGGUGUGGAUGGACACAGUGACCCCAGUACACCCAAUCAGGCACUUGUUACCUCGCAAACCCUGAACGGCAGCGCCAUGAACCCACGAUCCAAUGGAAACGGGCGCUCAUCCGCGUCUCUCUCCUCGACAUCAUCGAAUGCCACAUCACCGACUGACGCAGUCUCGUCCUCGAAACACUCUCAGUCUGGUUCGCAGCCAGCACACACGUUCCGAGCGAUCAGCAAGAUCAUUGAGACACGGAAACCACUACCCUGCGAUGUUGUGCUGGAUAACCAUCAGAGAUGGGUGUGGGACUGUGCAUUCAGUGCCGACUCGGCAUACCUGGUGACGGUUUGUUCAGACCAUUAUGCCAGGUUGUGGGAGCUGGGCACGGCGAGCAUCAUUCGGCAGUACAAUGGUCAUCAUCGAGGUGCGGUUUGUGUGGCACUCAAUGACUACAGUAACCCGCCAUGAUAGGUUCGCUGGUCUCGAUCAAGCUCGCACAUGUUGAUGAGAUCGUCGCUGGUCAUGAUUUCCUGUGCAUGAUCUCGGCUUGCUGGUGAGGACGUGUUUGAUUUCAAUCGCAUGGCACUCAGAUGAUUACAUGAUCGGAGGAGAUUACUCCAAUCACGGCGUUGGUCAGAAGACCAGUCUUGGUUGAGCCCGGAGUCAAGGGUACUCUGGCGGGGUUGGAGGAUCCAUUCGUCGUUCGGUUUGAUUGCAAUUUGGGCUCGGGGCAUCAAAGUGCGCAUGGCUGCGUUCAGGGGGCGGGAAGAUGACGAUCCAUCCAGACCUCAUCGAGAAUGAGUUUUACUGGUUGCAUUUCACUUUGCUACAUGUUGGACAAGGCAUUUAUAUGCCAAGUCUUGGUGGCUAGAAUCUCGCCACGCAUUACCGCCGACAAACUCCCUGUACAAGUCCUCCGACAUUCCAUAUCAUGUCACUCUACCAGGUAGAACCACGAUGCUCUUUUAGUGGAGACAAGUCCUAAAGAAUAGCAUCAUCCACCAGCGACCUUAAACCCCCGUAUAUAGCACCACGAUUUCAUGCGUCAACGACUCUCAAGACAAAGUUGACCACGACGGCUCCGAGCAAAGCCAGGGCAAGGACCGUAGGCCCAAUCCGAUCAUCGAACCCACCCUGGCCUCUUUGCCUGAUACUCUUGGCUCGCCAGUGAAACGUGAACAAGGCGUAGAUCAUGGCAGCCAUGGCGACGAUGGUGAACAGGCCUGCGGAUAUGCGGCCGACCGAGUCUCCAAAAUUCAACAAACCGACAGCCAGGCCACCCAGGAUGACGGUAAAAUUGAGCCAUGAUAGAAAUGUACGUUCAUUGGCGAAGAAAACUUUGGGUUCAACGCGGGUAGGAAGGGCGAUACGCUUGCCUAGAUGUAAUGGUCAGUUCAGGUGGUGGUGUCUCGGGUUUGGGGUCUGUGAUGUCGUCGUACCUGGGGCGCUUUGAAGUAGAGGCUGUUCAGACAUAUUGGUAUCAACGGAGUCGGAUGGCUG